UUGUGGUAGUAAAUUUCAUACUGUAAGUGGAACCGAUGAGCCAGGCACUUUUAAAACAUGUUAAGUGACAAAUUAAGUGUAACACCUGUUAUACAAAUUUCAAAGUCAUAUUUUGUGUAAUAGAUGAAGGGAAUGGACUCCUGCCAGAAAACUUUAGGGUUUGAUAGCGACUGUUCCGUCUACAGACUGUUCCAAAUGACUGUUGACCAACACUGUGCUCCGACGUGGAUUAGUCUCACAAAGUGUUUGGAAUGGUGGAAUGGUGAUGGCUUCACAGCGUCUCUUCCUACUUAUCUCUGUGGACAGAGUUACAAAUAGACACCAUGUCCCAACGAAAGACGUGAGACAGCUGUUUCUAAAAAUACUGAGACCCUCGUGCCUUGUUUCUGCCCCGCUGCAACAGUUCCUGUUCCACUCAAAUGCACCACACUCGGGUGGAAGACAACAAAGGGACAUCAACAAAACACAGACAGCUGUUUGACAGCAGCUCUGACUGGGAUACCUUAAUUGUUGCAACAGCGAACAGGGAGGAAACAAAACUGGAAAACAUGAAGUCCCUGCGAUUCCUCGCUGCGGAGGGUUUUAUCCAAACUGGUCCAAUCAAUCUGGAGAACCUCAAAUGUUUGUCUUUUAAUCUCUACCCACUGCUGUUCAAGGCCAGCUACCUCCAUGAGAAGGCAGACUUGCUGCAGGCUUUGGUCCAGACGUGGCCUCUCCCUGAGCUCAACCUUCAGAGGCUGUUGGGAAAGACCACGGACUGUCAGAUGGACCUGACCUCACGCACCUGCAGACUUGGUCUGGAAGCGGUUCUGACUGGCUUAAAGGAUUAUGUAUUGUCUCCACCAGGGACUUAUGCAAAGUCUCUCCAUGUGGUGGACCUUACUUGUCUCACAGAUGUAGAGGAACAGGACUGUCCCUGUCGCUGCACCCUGGGUCGAUGGGCAAGAACACUUCUCCUGACCCAGCUGUGCUAUGAGACUAUGGUGGCCAUGCAGACCACUAAUGCCCCACACUCUGCCUUCGAAAUUUCAAUUGACAUCUGUCUGCAUGGUUUUGUCACAGGUCGCAACUACGACCUUGUGUCUCAGGCCUUUCUCCUCCGCUCCUACUGCCCACUAAAGCUCCAUUUUGUCAGUUUCAGGGCUGAUUCUCUGAACCUUAAGCAGCUCUUCUAUGUCCUCCGGUUGGCAGAACCAGAGUCGAUGAUAAAGUUGGAGGUGGUCCACAAUGUUCCUCUGGAGGCCUCACACCUGGAGGUGCUGUUUUCUCGGGUGGAUUUCCCUAAACUGCAGGCCCUGACUAUACCAGCUGGGGCGCUUGACAUCAGAAGAAUGGAUCCCAGUGAAAAUCUGCUGACGACCAUUGGUAACCAGCUGGCACAGCUGAGCAGCCUGACUGAGCUCUACAUGGGGUUCUCCACACUUACUGGACACCUACGCCGAAUACUGAGUCCACUCAACACUCCCCUGCAGCACCUAGAGUUGGCGUACUGUUGUCUGAACCGAGUGGACAUGACAUACCUGGCCAACAGCCUCCACAGUGACACCCUCGUCAGCCUGGAUGUUAGCGGACACGACAUCUUUGGCCUUUUCUCUACACCUUUCCACAAACUCCUCAGCCACUGCUCUGGUUCCCUGGCCACUCUCACUCUUGAAGAAUGCAACCUCAAGGACGACCACGUGGACGCUUUCACCGCCGCUCUGACCGGCUGUCAGGCUCUGGAGGAGCUCAAACUUCUGGGAAACCCUCUGACCUCUGCAGCCCUGCGUGGACUGUUUUCCAUGCUGUCUACAAGUUUUCCCAAACUGAGGUACAUUGAAGUCCCAGUACCGCGGGAGUGCUACUCUGAGGACGCUUCUUAUCCUCUUGAUGAUUCUGUCCUGCUGCGUUACAAUAGAGAGUUGUUUGAGGAGGUCAGGGUCCAGCUAAUGGACAUCCUACAGGUCAGGGGAAGAGGAAACGUAAAGGUUUGUACUCCUCUCACAGGGGCCUACGAUCCAGACAUCAGUGAGACCAGCAACGAGCUUGGAGUGUCUAUGCUAAUGUCCUUUAACAGCGUUGUGGGGAACUUCAUUAACACUAUAGCUAACGUGGACAACAGGAGAUCAAAGGCUCAGACUGAUGGUUAACAGAGUCAUUAUCUAUGUGAUCAUGUGCACAACAGGAGACGGAGGAACAAGUGUCAGGGGUGAGGUGACAGGAGAAAGGCAAAGCAAAAAAGGACAAUUCCAAAGACAAUGGUGAGCCGACAGAAUGAUGAUGAUGAUGAAGAUGGUAAUUAAUAUAAGAGUUGAGAAGGAAAGCUGAGGUUGAGUUACAAAAGAUUCAAUAUAAUGACGAAUUGUGAUGCGAUGAUGGUCAACAAGUCAGUGGAGACAGAAAACACCAAAGAGGCUGAUGUUCCAUCACAGUAAAAAACCAACAACCACCCACAUGAUGAAACUAAAGGAGAGUUUGUUUUCAUAUAGUUUGUUUACAGAUUUGUUCUAGAAUUAAAAAAAGAAAAAAAAUACUUCUUUUACUACUUUUAACAUUCUGUUUCCAGUGUUAUUUAUGGCAGGUGCACUGAGUUUUCUAGAUAUUGUA